AUGUUGGAAGCUAUUUCAGAGUUUGAUCCAUUUCUUGCCAAACAUAUUGAGCAUUUUAGCAACCCAGGAAAGGGCAGCACCUCUUACUUAUCAUUUGCAAUAUAUGAAAAAAAUAUUAAAAUUAUGGUUGACAAAGUUACCGAAACCAUAAUUGAGCAACUUCAAAAAGCCAAAUACUUUUCUUUUAGUGUUGAUUCUACUCCGGACAUAACCCAUGAAGAUCAACUUUCUUUAAUUGUGCGAUUUGUUCAAGAUAAUGCAGAACCAGUUGAACGUUUCCUUUGCUUUCUGCCAAAUACUGGUCACAAAGCAGAAGACAUGUUGCAAGCCAUUUUGAAGACUUUUGACAAACUGAAUAUCGAUAUUGCCAAUUGUAGAGGUCAGUCUUAUGAUAAUGCAAGCAACAUGUCGGGGCAGUAUAACGGCCUGCAGGCAAAGAUUAAAGAAAAAUGCCAAUAUGCAACAUAUAUACCUUGCGCCGCACAUUCCUUAAAUUUGAUCGGAUCCUCAGCAGCUGAGUGUUACCCAGAAGCUACAAAGUUUUUUGGAGUAUUGAAAAAUCUGUACGUAUUUUUUACAGGAUCAACGGAACGAACAAAAAUAUUGCAAACAUUUUUAAUGGAACCUGAAAAUGUAACCGUUAAAAGUUUGUCACAUACGCGGUGGUCGGCAAGAGAUGAUGCUUGCUCGAGCCUGAAUAAAAAUUGGGAACAAAUAAUUAAAGCUCUGGAAGCAAUAAAAAGUAACUCUUCGCAACAAAAAGCCUUCAUCAAAAAUGAAGCUACAGGUUUAUUGGCUCAACUAAAUUCCUUAGAAACAGCGAUAUUAUCGGAAUUCUGGGUAUCAGUCCUAAAACAAUUUAAUACCGUUUCUAAAGUUUUGCAAGGUGUGGACACAAACGUUGAGGUAGUCUCCAACCUUUACGAUUCCCUGAUUACUUUUGUGAAAAAUCAACGCGAAUUAUUCGAUGCAUUUGAAAAAGCUGGAAAAGAAAAGUGUACUGAAGAUUACAAAGAUAGCCGGAAAAGGAUAACAAAAAGAAAAAAACGAGACGAUGAGCAACGCGAAGGAGAAGUAAUUUUACAAGGACGGGACUAUUUUAAAGUGAAUACUUUUUUGCCAAUAUGCGACCAACUAUUGGGCGAGUUAAGGAGGCGUAAAACAUCCUAUGAUGCUGUAACCGCCAAAUUUGUAUUUCUAUCCAAUUUAAGUACACUAUCUGAGGCGGAAAUUAAAUUGAACGCAUUAUCACUCCAAAAGUCUUAUCCUACUGAUCUUGCGGAUGAUUUAAAGGAUGAAUGCAUACUAUUAAAGAAUUUUUUGCCGUCUCAGGGACAAGAAACUAAAACAAGUUUACGCGAACUAAACUUAUUAAUUAAUAAAAAGGAUCUGAAAGUGGCGUUUCCUUACAUUGAAAUUGCGUUGCGCAUAUUUCUUUGUACUGCAGUAACGAAUUGUAGUGCAGAAUGCUCAUUUUCGAAUGGAUCGAUCCGCUCGCCACCCUACCGCCCAGAAGUAGAAUCAACCGGACCGCCCCAUCUGGGCUCGCCCUCUCCUUCGGAGGGCCAUCGAGACGCCCACCUCAACAGGGAAGUGGGCGCACACACGGUGCACUACGUUACGACAAAUUACAAGGCUAACUGGCCGGACGCAGCAUCUACUGUCAACACCUUCCCGGUCAAAACUAGACCCGGAAAAGGCAAGGGGGAACCGCCCCCCCGGUCGGCGCCCGGUGCCGUGGUGCGACAGUUGUAUACGCCCGCGGCUCCGGGGAGUCAGCUCAGAGGUCAGGAUCGCCCUCCCGCUAGGGAGACGAGCGCGGGGCGCGAGGGCAAUCGGCCUCAAGGGAUGCCCACGACCUUCGGGCACAGUGCUUUCUCAUCCGAUCCGCGAGUGAAAGACGCAGUACUGAACAGUGUUAGAAUCGUUAUUACCAUCAAUAGUGAACCUAACAAACGUAACAACCCUAACGCGUUUGGGAUCAUAGAACUUGGACUAUUGCGAUCGCCCAUUGCGAUCGCCAUCUCAUCGGUCUCUCUGAGGUAUGCCCUCGAGAGCCUCCGGACCGCUACCGGUCUCUGCCGGUCUCCGCCGGCCGUACCAUUCACGGCGGGGAUAGCUGUACCCGCGGCUCAUCGCGCCUCAGCUGCAGAGAUCACGGGACCUCGAGCCUCCCGCCCCCUGCGUCGCGGCGCGAAUGGACUCGACUGUUCAAGGUGUGUCGGCUGUUAA